AUGGCCACCCCCGCAGCUGCGAAGAAGCAGCAAGAGUUACAACUUCAGUACACCAACUACAAGAAUACUCUACAACAACUUGCGCAGAAAAUCGGAGACGUUGAGCAAGAGGCAGAAGAACAUAAACUAGUCCUUGAGACCCUCGCGCCCGUCCCGGAGGACCGAAAAUGCUUCCGCCUGAUCAAUGGAAUUCUCGUUGAAAGGACGGUCGCGGAUGUAAUUCCAGCUCUCAAGACUAAUGCAGAGGGAUUGAAAAGUGUUCUGGAAGGGUUAGUGAAGGAGUACAAGAAAAAACAGGAGGAGAUGGACAAGUGGAAGACCAAGAAUAAUGUACAAGUGGUGAAUCAGUGA